AUGGUUGUUGCUACUAUGCAACUAAGUACUACGAUGAGAAAUCUCAAUAACGGAAGUAUUGACGAAACUCAUGAAUACGAACAAUAUGACAAUGAUGAUGAUGAUGAUGAUAUAUUAAACAUCGGACAACAAGUACAAGCACAUAUUCCAGAUAUUGUUUUAAAUAAUUUAAAUGAUUUAAUUGAUCGUAAAGGUGUUAUAUCAAUACCAAAUGAACAUAAAUAUAAUAAUGCAACAUUAUUAUUUCUUGAUGUAUCGGGUUUUACAUCAUUAACUGAACAAUAUUCUAAUGAUGCACAUUUGGGUAUUGAUCAAUUAACACGUACAUUAAAUGCUUAUUUUGAUAAACUUGUUUAUGAAAUAUUAACACAUGAUGGUGAUAUAUAUAAAUUUGCUGGAGAUGCUAUACUUGCAUUAUGGACAAAUGAAACUAUAGGUCCACAACAAGCAUUAAAAUGUGCAUUACAUUUACAACAAAAAUGUGGAGUUUAUGAAACAGAUGUUGGUGUUAUAUUACGUCUUAAAGUAGCACUUGCAUAUGGACCUGUAUGUGCUAUAUUUGUUGGUACAGAUGAAUUUAAACAUUAUUUAUUAACAGGUAAUUGUAUUAACGAUGUUAAUAUAUGCGAACAAUUAUGUGAACCUGGUGAUAUUAUUUUAACAAAACCUGUUUAUGAUAAACUUCAAACAAAAACAUUCAAUUGUGAAUUUAUACCUGUUAGUGAUGAUAUUGAUCCUAAACAUGAACAUAUUGCUGUUGAAUAUUCACAAUCAAGAAAAUCAUUCAAUGAAGAUUCUGAUACAGAAGAACAUAUUAAUCAUUCAACAGUAAUAAAUGAUAGAAUGGAUAUGUCUAAUCAAGAAAUAACCAAUGAUAAUAAUAAUAAUAAUAAUAAUGAUGAUAAUAAACAAUCAUCUGAAAAUGAUUUGUCAAAUGAUGAACUUAAUUUUAAAAUUGAUUCAUUAAUGAAAUCAUUUUUAUUACGUUGUGUUCAUCAACGUAUUGAACGUAAACAAUCAUUAGAUUAUUUAUCUGAAUUACGUCGUGUAACAAUAUCAUUUAUUAAUCUUGAUAUAUCAAAUGAACAAACAAUAAAUGAUAAUUUACAUGAAAAUAUUCAGAAAAUAUUUGUACAAAUAUAUGAAUUAACAAAAAUGAUGGGUGGAGUUUUAACAAAAGCAUUAUUAUUUGAUAAAGGUUUUUCAUUUUUAUGUGUUUUUGGUUUACCUGGUUAUAAACAAGGUGAUGAUACAGCUAAUGCACUUAAAUCUGCUUAUAUGAUUCAUUCAACAAUUCGAGAUCAAUGUCAAUUUGUUGAAAAUUGUUCAAUUGGUGUGACAACAGGUCUUACUUAUUGUGGUGUGGUUGGACAUGCAGCACGUUGUGAAUAUACAGUUAUUGGUCGAAAAGUAAAUAUGGCUGCACGUUUAAUGUGUAAUUAUCCAAAUAUAAUUUCAUGUGAUCAAGAAACAUAUUAUAAUUCACGUUUAAAUAGUCGAUACUUUCAAAAAUUACCUAUUAAAUCUUUAAAAGGAAUGAAUGAUGUUGGAAUUAUUUGGCAAUAUGAUGAUUGUCCUGGAGUAUUACAAAUGAUCGAACAAAAUAGAGCAUCUAAUUUUCACAUAAAUGAAAUCAAACAAGAAUGUUAUCCAUUCUUAGGAAGAAGAGUUGAAUUAAUGAUUGUUGCAGCACAAAUUGUGUUACUUGAUGAACCGGUUAAUAGUUCAAAUAGACGAAGAGAUCUUGCAGCUAUUAUAUUUGAAGGUGAAGAUAAAAUUGGUCGAAGUCGUUUAUUACAAUUUAUAGCUAAUUCAUUAGAAAAUUCAGCAAAUAUUAAUAAUCUUUCAGCUUGUCCUCAUUAUGAUAAUAAAUACAUUCCAAAUGAUUCAACAAUGAAUAAUAAUAAUACAACAAUACCAAUACCUGAUACUGCAACAAGACCAAUAUCAUCAUUAAGUCUUUAUGCUAAUGAUUGUUUAAUAAUUAAAAAAUCAUCAAUACAAGUUAUUAAUUAUCAUUGUCAAUUUGAACAACGUUUUAAUGAAUUUAGUUUAUUACGUUCAUUAUUAAGACAAUUAUUACAAUUUCAUCAUGAUGAUAAAAGUCAACAUGAACGUGAAAAAUAUCUUUUACGUUUAUUCGAUAUAAGUAAAGCAAAUGAUUUACAUUUAAGACGAAAUUUAUUUUUAUUAAAUGAUUUACUUGAUGUUAGAUUUCGUCGUAGUCAUAUUGAAACAGAAAAUACGAAUGAUAAUAAUUUAGUUAAAACUUAUGAAGUUUAUCUGAAUGAAUUACUUUUACAUAUUUUAAAUAAACUUAUUGAAUCAUCAAAUAAUAUUGAAGAAUUAUAUACACCAUUAUUAACAACAGGAAAUACAACGAAUACUCCAUAG